AGCAAAUGCGUGAAACAAAAUUAAUUAUCACAGUAGUGGUGCACCUCGAUCAAUGCAAAAUAGCAAACAUUAGAGGUGCUAAGAGAUAAAUCAGCAAUGCUUAGUCAUUAAGAAACCUUUCCCAUCUUUAGAUAAGUAAAACUGCCAUGGACGCAGGGGGCCUCACCUUCUUGUUAAAUCACAGUUUCCUCCGUAACAUCCUGCUUCCAAGAAGACAUUCCAGCUUCGUUCUCUGCUUGCUGAAUCUUUGUAGCAGGCACCUGCUCAUUCACUGAUCGCCAACCCUCUCCAUCGGCUUCCGCAAGUGCUAGCUAGAUCUCUUCGUUCAACGACAAAGGCGCAACAGAGGUGAGAUCUGACUCUGGUCGCCCUCUCCAUUCAUACAGCUUUCCUCUCCCAAAUCAAACGUAUGGCGCCUCUCUGUCUCUGCAGUGACCGAUCUGAGGUGCCACGAGUGUUGAGGGAGAAGAUGGCGCCAUGGAUGGCGCGGGCGGUGUGCUCCUUGGUCUUGGUGGCUGCUGUGGUAGCGUCCCUAGCCUUUCACCAAGCAAGCCUCAACACCAGGGUGACUAUUGCAGUGGUGGCAGGGUUGCUUCUACGUCUCCUCCAGUGUUUCUUGGGCCCCAUGCGCCGUUGCUCUCGCCACUGGUUGGUUCAGCGCAGUGCGAUGGCUGCCUACUAUCUGCCGACGCGUGCUAUUGUAACUUACAUCGCCGGUGCUGUAGUGUGGAAGUCCUCUGACAGUAACAUCUACCAAGUUUCAUCAUGCAUACUCCUAAUCAUAACCGCUUCCAAGGGCACUGUAGAGAUGGCAGCGUACGCGCUCAGCGACAGUCCACCGCUGCGGUGGCAGCAUUUCACACUGAUGCUUAGUAUUUGCCCCCUGCUAUGGUGCUUGCCUGGGACUUACCGAGUUGCAGUUUUCAACAGUUUCAUAUAUAUAUAUGUUGUGUUUACCAUGCCGUUGAUUCAACCAGCAGGAGAUAGGAUGAAGAAAGAUGGGGAGAUGAUCCAGAUCAAAGGCAUUCUGCAACAACGGCCUGAUGACAUGCGAAGUUAUCGAGACACCUGCCUCUCUUACAGAUAUUGCCGGACUUUAACAAGGCUCUACUUUGGGAUUUCUUCCGCCGAGGAAGGAGAUCCCAACGAAUUGGCGGCGCUGCUACCAACAGAAUACGACAAGGUAUUCAACAUUGUUGAGGUGCAGCUGGCUUUUCUUCACGAUUACUGCUUCACCACCUAUCACUCCAUGAUAUCCUCUCCCCCUGGCAUGCUAUCAGCUGCACAAGAAGUAUGGACAGUAUUGCAGGAUAUAUUAGCAUACAUGGCAGUGCCAUGUUUACAUUGGCUGUUCGGCGGCAGGUUGUUUACCGGCUGGUUGUUUGGUGGUUUGACGUUUGAUGCACAAGUCCUUGCUGUUUCGGCCGUAGAAUUGUUCAUCGUUGUCCUAGUUGAUUGGCUCCAGAGAAGACCUAUUUUGCCAAUGUACUGGCGUACAAUAUUUAAUGCUCUGAAGAAAUAUCCUGAAGAUACAGGCUUGGUUUACCGUCCUACAGUACUUGAGUGGUUUGUUGGAAAAACUCUUAACUGCUUGACUCCGCCGUACUGGCAGAACAAGAUCGGGCAAUACUCACUUUUAGAAGAUUAUGACCGCCGCAAUCACAUGAAUACAUGCGUAUCCUUGUUCAAGAAACAUAUGCUAUCUUAUGUGUCAUAUAGUUUCAUUAAGCAUCACCCAGAAGAAGAAGAACCUGUCAGCCUGCCGCGCAGCGUUAAAAAAAUUCUUGCCUACGAGCUUCAUCGUGUUAUCAGGGAAGAUGGCCGUCAGCUAACCAGGGGCACCAAAACUCUAGAGAGAAACAAUGUUGGGCCACAAUUCUCAUGGAUUCUGGAGGCUCAAAAUCACACGGACGCCAUCCUGAUGUGGCACAUUGCAACCUGGUACUGCGACAUAUUUGACAAGGGAAUCAUCUCUGAUCAUCGUGAAGCUGCUACAGCAUUGUCAGGAUACUGCGGGUACCUGGUGGCAUUUCAUCCUGAGAUCCUACCAGGGAAAAGCAAAAACACGAUGAGGGUGCUUCAAUCAGUCUUGGGGCAGGCGCGAAGAAGUAUGUCCCCGGAGGAGGAUGAGCGCACGAGGCUUCAACAAGUCUUGCACAAAGCAAAAGAUCUACUAGGACUAACUAGGAUGCGUAAGGAGGAGAAGGAAAGGGUGAUUCAAAGAUGUGAAAUUUCAGGUGAUAGCCUGACGACCUUUCAGAAAGGUGUCAAGCUGGGGAUGCAACUUACUGAUCAGCUCCAAAUCGAACUGCGCUGGAAGGUGAUGGCAGAGUUCUGGGCAGGGACCAUCCUGUACAUCGCACCUUCCGAUUCCAAGGAAAAUGUGGAUGUGCAUGUCGAUCAGCUGGCGCAAGGCGGGGAGUUCCUGACGCAUCUCUGGGCUUGGCUCUCCAUCGUCGGCAUCCAGAAGCAGGCAAGGGAGGAACAGAUUGGACCACAACGCGAGGUUUGACGCGCUAGGGAUCGUGUGAAUUGCCAGAAACUUGUGUUACCUGCACCUGCUGCUGUGGUUUUAUUCACGGGAACGUAUUGGCUACGUCAUUGGACACAGUUGCAGUGCAGUGAGGAUCAAAACGAGAGGAUGAUUCGUGCCUGUCGCUUGCUGGAGAUGUCGGCUCUUUAUUUCUUCGUAUUAUUUGGAUGGCUUUUUAGUUUACAUAUUGACUUUCAAUAAACAUACUUCAUAUUUUAAAUGCUUUGUGAGAACGCGGUGUGGUUGCUACUAUGCGUAAUAAUAUUGGUCCAAUCCCCCUCGAUGAGGAGAGUGAAGCCAGAUGAUAAUCUUUUUCAUUAUUAAAAAAAGUUG